GUUUUGGUCUGUCGGAUGUCUCAAACGUUUUCGGUCUGGCAAAUGCCGUGAAUACUUUCAUCACGGAGAUGGGUUCUGUCAUGUACAACUACUACAACUCACAUAAGUCAACCAAGACCUAUAUCGUAUUUGUGGCGGCCUAUUCUGUAUCUAGGUUGGUCUUCCUGGCGUACAGCGUGUUAGUUUUCUACCAAGCUUUGACCCCACCACUGGAGUCGGUGUACCCUUGGUGGGCCCCUCUAGUUAUGAUAUCUCUCCAGGCGAUGCUAUUCGUGGUGAAUUUAAAGUUCCUCCUCACACACUGCCGCAAACUGAGGGGAAUCUUGCGGAAGCAGCGCGAGGAAACGGGAGGUAAAUGCCAACGGAAGGCCGCGACUACGACAACGGUCGCUGAGGAAUGUGUGAUUUCUGACGAUGAGAAAAUGACGG